GUCAUCCGGUUGCUUUGCUUUUAGCGUCCUCUGUGCAGUCAGCUGGUUUAGCUAAAUUCCGCAUAAAUGCUAAAAACAAAUAGCCGUCGUUUGUGCAUGGCAGAACUCCAUGAGGCUUAACAAAAAAGCGACCUAGCUGGCUUAGCCUCACGUUGCGAAAAUCGAUGUCUAGGCGUAUUUUAGAAGAAGGGCUCGGCGAUUCAGUCCAAGAGCCGCUACUCACCACUUGUGUGGACUCCGACACAGAAGGUGAGGUUGUUUUUGAGCGGACACAAGCAUAUACUGGUGAAAAGAAUGAACAAAUAAAAUCGUCUUAUGAAGAGGCAGUUGAAGAAGCAGGUUUUGGUUGUUUCCAUGGCCUUCUGUUGGUGGUCUGUGGCUGGGCCAAUGCCAGCGAUGCAGUGGAGAUCCUGUGUGUGUCCUUCCUGUUGCCUACGGCUCGGUGCGAUCUGCAGCUCAGCUCUGCUGACAUGGGGCUGCUUACUGCCAGCAUUUUCCUAGGAAUGAUGAUUGGCGGGUACGUGUGGGGUUACCUUGCUGACAGGAAGGGGCGACGAAAAGUCUUGGUGGUCUCCCUGACAGUGAACGGCCUGUUUGGGGCGCUAGCGAGCCUUGCACCCGGAUUUGGCCUCUUCCUGCUGCUGAGGUUCAUCAGCGGUUUGGGGGUAGGCGGCUCCAUCCCUGUCAUCUUCUCCUACUUCUCAGAGUUCCAGCCAUGUGCCAGGAGAGGUGCCAUGAUCAGUGCUCUGGCCACAUUCUGGAUGGCUGGAAAUAUCCUAGCUGCGGGAUUGGCCUGGCUGGUAAUUCCUACCACCCGGUUCCAGCUCGGUUCCCUGGACAUCCAGAGCUGGAGGCUGUUUGUGGUUCUCUGCUCUGUCCCCAGCCUCUCCUCGGCCCUCAUCUUCUGCCUGGCCAUGCCAGAGAGCCCCAGAUUCCUCAUGGAGGCUGGACAGGAAUUAGAGGCGCUGAAAGUGUUCAGGAAGAUGUUUGCACUCAACCAGAGAGGCAUUUCCAGGUCUUUUCCAAUAUUGGGACUUCGCACUUCUGGCUGUGAGAAGAAGGAAGAGGCAGUCAGGAGUUUGCAAUCGCACCGCCUGGUGCACGCUAUCAAAAAGGGUCUGGACCCUAUCCGACAACUUUUCACCAAGCCUCUGACCACAAGAAGUAUCGUCCUCUUCAUCAUAUUCUACUGCAUAUCAUUCGGGUAUUAUGGUCUGUGGAUGUGGUUCCCAGAGCUCUUUAAAAGGACGGAGGAUGGAGGAUCCCCAUGUGCCAACGUGUCCCGCCCCUCCAACCCCCAAGCCCCCGAGAACGAGAGCUGCUCCUCUGUCAAAACCGCAGUUUACAUGGAGGGCUUUGUCACUGCUGCCUCCAACUUACCUGGAAAUAUCUUUACUAUCCUGCUGAUGGACAUCGUCGGAGGAAAGAUACUGCUUUCAUGCAGUCUGCUAGUGUCGGGUGUCAGUGUGUUCUUUAUCUGGAUGGUGAAGACUAAAGCACAGAGUCUGGUCAUGUCCUGCGUGUUCAGUGCGGUCUCUGUUGCCUCCUGGAACGCCCUGGACGUGGUCAGCACUGAGCUCUACCCCACCCAGCUACGGUCCUCUGCUUUGGGGUUCUUCACCGGCGUGGGUAGAGUUGCAGCCAUCAUGGGUAAUGUAGUCUUCGGUCAGCUGGUGGACUCUAACUGUGCUGUGCCAGUGCUGUUGGUAUCUGUGCUGCUGUUCACCGGGGGUCUGGCUGCACUCCGACUGCCCCACACCAAGCGGACAGAGCUGACCUGAGACCAAUGGGGACUUUUCCCUCUUUACACGUGGCCUUGUAUGAAACCACAAGUUUGACCAAAGACUUAAAAACUGAAAGAAUUUCAGCAUGCUGCUGACGCUGGGAUUUUUAUGCGAUCCUGACUGCUGUUUUGUAAUGCAAAUGCACUUCGCCCGGAAAUCUAUGCCU